AUGAACAAGUCGGACAAAAAGUUCACCCUGAAGCUAUUUAAAAUUAAGCAUGGCAACAUCAACCUUCUGAAGAAUAGAAUAACGCACUUUAGCAUCCACAACAAAUGUAUUCAUAUGGUCCUGUGCAACAAUAGCUUAAUAAAAUAUUACUUAGAAAAAAAUGAACUCUCCCAUGUAGACUUUUAUAAUAAAAAAACGACAAACAGUAAAGCAGAAAUUCGGUCCAUGUUUUUUGACAACAAAUGCUAUCAUGGAUUUAUAUGUCUAGCGAACAAGGAAUAUAUUUAUAUCCAUUUUGAAUAUAACAUUGUUCUGAAUUUGGCCAAGUUAAAAAAGUAUAACAUUUCAAGUGUAUGUUUCAACGAGUCCAAUGAAGUUAAAAAUACGGCACCCCUUCUGGUGGCAACCAAGGAUGGAGAAAUAAUUGAAAUGAGCAUAAAUAAUAAAACGAAAACUAGCAGAGAGCAUGAAGUUAUUUUUUCAAACAGCCAACUUUCCAUAUUGGACAUAGGAAUGAUCAAUCAGGAUAUUUCUAACCAACCAAGCAUUACAAAAAAUGCGAAUGAUGAUAAUAUGUUGAGAAUUAUUUAUUUUACUACAUGUAAUAGCUUGCACGAAAUUAGCUAUACGUAUAAAAGCAACAGUGUUAAUAACCCCACCGAGAGAAGCGAAUUGUAUCCACAAGAAACGAGAAUAAAAACGAACACAGAUAAUUUCAACACCAUCCAAGCAGGGGAUGAAACAAAGGUAUAUGAAUGCUGCAUAGAUUCCUUAACUUCUAUCUUGAAAUUUGAAAACAUCAGAAAUAGGAAUUACCUCUUCUGGCUCAACGGAUGUUGUAUAUUUAUUAGCAAAAUUAACAACUGCAAGGGGGGAAAAUCUUCCAACCGGGCGAAAAAUGACUUCCCCACUACAUCCAAAUGGAACCUAAACCAGGAUGAAAACAAUUUUGAGGAGCCCGAUUUCCCGUCCUAUUCCUCCCAGUCGGACACUUCAAUCGAUGGGAUCAACCUUGCAUCUUUUAGUGAGGAAGAUGAAGAGGGGAACAGGAACAAGCGGGAAGUGCACAAAUCGGGUUACUCCACAAAUCGGAAAAAAAACGCACAAACGAAUCAGACACGCAAAAGUAACCACCAGUAUAGAAAUUUAUUGGAACCGGAGAAGCAGAGUAAGACUAAACAGAUGAAGAAAAAAAACAAGUUCAUGAAUGAGUGGUACCUAGAUAGUAAUUAUAUCAUUGUCAACUUCCUUGACUUAAACAUACUGACAAGCGAAAAUGCAAACAACUUUGCAUUUAUAAAAUCGUUUUAUGAAUCCUUGUAUUGCCAAAAAGGGAACACAAAUGUAUUGGCUAGCAAUGUGGACGAUUCACCCACGGAACAACAAGGCACAGAACCCGUCCUCACAACACAAGAAUCCAAACCUUACGAAAACACCGUCUCGGCUGUCGUAGAUAUGUGCGUAAGUGAAUUAUACAUAUUUCUCCUGUUGGAAGAAAAACUAAUUAUUGUGAACAGUGGUAACCUUAAGAAGGUGUUCGAGCAAACCCUAGCCAUAGAAACGUAUGGAGACGUCAUACGCAUAAUGAAAGACAACUCAGAUGACCAAGUAUGGCUCUGCACAUCCAAGUACAUGUUCAAAAUUGUUGAAAGUAAGAAAAAGGGGGAAGGAUUUUACCUUAACGAGUAUACACAAUCAAAUGAUUUAGAAACCGAGUAUGAUAAUUUGAAGCUGAAUCUGAGAAAAAAAAAUCUUUCCAAAAUCCUGGAGUCAUGCACAAACUCCGAAAGAAUAAAAAUAAAAAAAUAUAUCCUAAAGAAUAACAAGUACCAAAUUGAUCAGUUUAAAAAUUUGCACAUCUCCACUGAUGAAAUGUUAAUUUCCUUUUUACAUAAAAAGCAAUACUUUCUUUUGGCGUCCCAUCUGUACAAUAACAUUCACUACUAUAAUAACGUCCUCAAGAUCGUGUUCUUCAUAUGGCUCGUCCAGCUGUACUCCUAUUCCCUCGAUCUAUACAUGCACCUGUACUUCAUCACGCGCUGCUCCUUCCCUCGACGGCAGCUCCAAAAUGAAGCCAACGCUGGAAAUCCCCCAGAAGAGCAGUCAAGUGUAACCUCUGAUCAACCAAGUGUAUCUUCAGAUCAGCAAAUUGUAACAUCCGAUCAGCUAAGUGAAACUUCCGAUUCACCAAGUAUAAAUUCUGAUCCACCAAGUGGGACAGAUUCCAUGUGUUCCGCCCAACUGGGCCCCUCCGAUGAAGCGGAAUCGGACGCAACUCCCCACUCGGAGGGUCAGCCUAGUGACCACUCGGAAGCAGAGACCGAUCCAAGUCAUGACGAAGUGAGCGGAAAGGACACAGAGCCGGUCUAUCAAACGGAAGUGGGUAAAGCAAGCAAAGCGAACAAAAAGAAGCGGAAGGAGAAGACCCAUUCGAAAGAAACGGGGGAACACGAAAGCGCAGCAGGAGGUGAAGACAUGAUCGAAAAUGAGAAAAAGUUGAACAAUACCAAGGGAGGCAACCUCAACAUUGGUAAUCACCAACAAGCGGGUCAUGAUGGAGAGCAGAAGAAAGGAGCAACCAGUGUGCAUAAGAGCAACGUAGAGAGUGCAAUAAAAAAUGACAAAUACCUGAGAAGCGGCAAAAAAUCCUUCAUGCGCUUCUUCCAGAAGAUGAUAGAGAAGGACGAAAGGAAUGAUCUUAAAAACAGUUUCGACUUUUCGAAGGGCAAGAAAAUGAAUAUUAAAACGCUAACCGAGAGCGACAAUUUUUACGUCCUCCUAAAAAUAUACAAAAUGAAGAAUGUAGAAAUUUUCAAUUUUUUGAAAGCUCAGAAGGGGCUGAUUUUGGAUGACCUGGAAAGGUACAGAAAGGUCUUCGUGGAGGGAGAGGCACACCUCCAGGGGGAAGCAGGGCAGACGAAGCAAAGUGGUGUGUCCCCCACAGCACCGCUGACCUCGGAAGAGGAGCACACCGGUGCCGUGCCUAAGAACGCAGCCACGCCGCCAAACUCAACCAUGCCGAAAAAUACAGUCACGCCGCCAAACUCAACGGAGGAUCGCGCGAAGAGAAAACUGUACAGAGACAUCUACGCGUACAAAUGCCUCGAAGCCAGUGUAUACAUGAUCAUCCUGCUCAAGCACUUCAAAACAUUCUUCCAGCUUAAUGACGUUGUUGCGCAGAUCCUAGAGAGUUCCAACAAGACAAAUUUUCUCCUGCUCUUUAAAUUCAUGUGUAAUGAUUACAAUUACAUAAUUAACUUUUACAUUAACAGCAAUAAAUUCUCUGCCCUCUUUAACGUUAUUGUGCUCUUUCCCCAGAAUGUGCUCUUGGAUGUGCUAAAGAAUUACGCCUUCAUUUUGUACCUGCAUAAACCACAGAAAUAUGUAGACAUGCUAAUUUUCUACGACAAUUUGAUUGACGACUGUGCGGACGUCAUUGUGUGCAUGUUUGUUAUAAUUUAUUUUUUUAAAGGCAGGGAGGCGGCCAAGAAGGGGCAUAUAAAGGAUGAGAACGGUGCUGCUGCUGAUCAGAAUGACAACGAUGGAGAUGGUGAUCAGAAUGACAACGAUGGAGAUGGUGGCCACCGUGAGCGACACCACACUCCCCACAAGCACACAGACGAAUGCAUCCGCUUCUUGGAAUACAUUGCGAACAAAAUAAUCGAAGAAAACACCUUGACAGAAAGGGAAAAUUAUAUGUACACAUUUGAAUGCACAUGGAAAAAAAACCACGUCAUAAAUUGCCUACUUAUUUUGUACAUAGAAAAAAAACAGGAUGAAAAGAUAAAACUUUUCUUAAACAGAUUAAAAUCGUCAGGCAUUCAUUUUGACUAUUUAUUUAUUAUACGAUUUUUGAAGGAAAAAAAAAAAGAAAAUUUCAUUCCCCAUUUUUAUAUAAUUAUGAAAUAUUUCGAAGAAGCGGUCGAUAAAGCCCUCGAACUGGGGGAUUACAAAACUGCACAAAAUGCCGUAAUAUUAUGCGAAGAUGAAGAAGAAAAAAAAAAAUUAUUUCUAAAAAUUAUUAAAAACAUCUCCAACAAUUUAAAUGAACAAAACUUAAAAGAAAUAAUUAACCUUGUCCGGGAUUCAAACUCGAUUUUAAAUUUACAGGAUAUACUUCCGUACAUUAAUGAAAACACAAUUAUCGAUUACUUAAAGAAGGACAUUUGUUCCCUGCUAGGAAUUUACAAUUUAAAAAUACAGGCCAAAAAAGAAGAAAUUAAAGAAAACUUACAAACCAUUGAUCUGCUCAAUGGGGACCUUAACAACGUCAGGAAAAAAUAUCUCCUUUUGGACAAAAAUGACAUUUGCUAUAUAUGCAAGAAGACAAUUUUUUAUAAAAAGUUUUAUGUUUUUUCGUGCAAGCAUUAUUUCCACAGCACUUGUGCUUUGAAUAUUUACCUGAACUCCAAGCCGAAAGACGAACUCUUCCAAUUUUUCUGUACUCUUCAUAAUUACAAAAAUGCGCUUAUCAACAAGAAUGAGAAGGACAUGCUCACGUAUGAGACGAAGAUCGAUGACAUCCUAACGGAGGAGUGCUUCCUCUGUGGCUCCAUUUCGAUCAGCUCCAUUUCGCAGCACUUUAUCUCGCAGAGCGAGGGCGACCUGGUGGACAGCUGGGCUAUAUCGAAGGAGUAG